AUGAACGCCACGUCUGAGGGCGGGAAUGCGUCGGGCUCCUUUUUUACUGAUGUGGGCAGGAAUGUGCUGGUCGUCAUCCUGGGACUCUCCAUCAACUCUGUGAACGCUACCAUGGUCCACACGUUCAGGAAGCACCAUGUCCUGAGGUCAAACCCGCGGUACGUCCUGUUCGCCCACUUGGUGCUGAACGACAUGAUCCAGCUGACCGUCAGCAUCUCCGUUCACGUCUUCUCAUACACAUUACGCACCAUCCAUGUCUUCAUCUGUCUGCUCCUCAUGCUCCCUGCCAUCAUCAGCAACAUGAACACGCCUCUGAAUCUGGGUGUCAUGGCAACAGAAUGCUUCCUGUCCGUCUGCUUUCCGCUGCGCUACAAUAACAUCUGUACGGUGAAGAGAACCUGCAUCCUUAUCGGCUUCAUCUGGGCAGUGAGCUCCCUGUCUGUGCUGCCCGACGUCUUCAUCCUUUUAGCCACGGAGCAGCAGCACUUCUUCCUCUCCAGAGUCUUCUGCGACAGAGAUAAUGUGUUUCGCAGCAGCUACAGUAAAGAGAAGAGAAACGUUUCUCAUAUAUUGUUCUUUGUGCUGGUUUGGUUCACACUGUUCUACACGUACUUCAGAGUUCUGCUGACGGCUAAAGCAGCAAACGCAGACGCCACCAAGGCCAGGAGCACCAUCCUGCUGCACGCCUUCCAGGUGCUGCUGUGCAUGUCCACGUACGCGCUGCCGUUUCUACUGCAGCUCUUCAGAGACUUGUUUCCCAAACAGAUUGUUUCAAUCUACUUUGCAUUUUUUGUCAUAAUCCAGAUCUUCCCUCGGUUUUUAAGCCCCAUUAUCUACGGCUUACGGGACAAAACCUUCAGAAAGUACCUGAGCAGGUACUGUCUCUGCGUUCAGACCAAGGCCUGAAAAUGCAUCUGACUGACUGCUCCUUAUGAUAUAUAUGUAUUUAGUACCAACCAAAACAUACAUUUGUAACGCAUGGGUUAAGGAAGGGAAGGAGCUGAGCUCAGGCACUGGAAGGUUUUGGUUGACGUGCACCUCAGGGGUCUAACAUCCGGUAAAGGCCGUGUCCCACAGCCUCUAUGUACAUGUGGGCAUUUUGCAUGGAUGAAAAUGAGU